AUGACAGAAUUUCACAACUUUUCUAAAGCAACUGGGCUGAGAGCCAAUCCCACCAAGUGCAAAGUAUACUUUGGAGGAGUGCCUAUUAAUAUCCAGCAGCAAAGACUUGUGAUCACGAAGUUUUCUGCAGGAAGCCUCCCUUUCAAGUAUCUAGGGGUCCCGAUGACUAGUCGUAAACUAGUUGCUUUCCAAUAUGAACCGCUCAUAGAGAAAAUUGUGGGGAGGAUCCGUCAUUGGACAGCGAGACUGCCUAGCUACGCUGGAAGACUGCAGUUAAUAAAGAGUGUUCUGUUUACAAUCAUAGCGUAUUGGAUGCAUGUUUUCCCGAUCCCAAAGAAAGUCCUCCAUAGAAUUGAAGCUAUAUGUCGCACCUUCCUUUGGUCUGGAACUGACAAUAUCAACAGGAAAUCACCUAUUGCAUGGGACACGAUUUGUUACUCUAAAGCGGCAGGCGGAAUGAACAUCACAUCCUUAGUGGAGUGGAAUGUAGCAACGAUUAGUAAACUGCUGUGGAACAUUCAAGCAAAAGAGGAUAAGAUGUGGAUUAAAUGGAUGAAUGCAUACUACAUCAAGGGACACCCGAUACAUAACUGGCAGGUAAAACCUAGUUGUUCUUGGAUGCUCAAGAAGAUUAUGCAAUGGCGGGAAAAAGUCUGUCAUACGGAGUAUUGGGCCACUGCAGUUCACAACCAGAAAUACAUUACAGCCCGAAUGUAUCGUGAACUUCGUGGUAUCCAAACUGAUGUUAACUGGAAGAAUGUUUUGUACCACAAUGGAGUUAGACUCCGUGCACGGUUUAUGUUAUGGAUGGCCCUCCAUGGAAGAAUUGCAACUAAUGAUAGAUUGAUAAGGACCAGGCAGCAGCAAGGAAAUGAUAAGCAGAAUCCUUCAAGUGCAAGUGCAAAGCAGCCACAAGGAAGUGCAAAGCAGCAACAAGUUUCAAGUGCUAAACAAGUUUCAAGCAAGCAGCAACAAGUUUCAAGUGCUAAACAAGUUUCAAGCGCUAAGCAACAAGUUUCAAGUGCUAAGCAACAAGCUUCGAGUGCGAAUCAGAAACGUCCUUCAAUUGCGUCUCAGCAACUUCCUUCAAGUGCAAAGCAGAAUACUUCAACUGCAAAGCAGCAACCUAAGGAGAAACGGGUGGCUGACACUGCUGAUUCAAGGUCAAACCAGAAUCGUAUGAAAAGGGCAAUGAUAGAAGUCGAUGGAAAUUCCGGGACAGGGCAAGGAAGUGGCUUGAAGAAGACAAAACGAAGCCCAAUGUGUAAAUCGACAUCCAUUGAAGAAUUCCUCAAAGAAAAUGGGGAAAAUAGUGAAGAAGAUGAAUGUGAGAAUCUUGAGGAAGAAGAAAAUAUGAUGGGUGAAGAGGAAAACACUCAGCAAAAUGGAAGUAAACAAACUGAAGGGGCAAGUAAGAAAAGGACACGUGGACCAACUAAAUGUUUGAAAAUCCAUGCUAGAAAGAGUGCGGAUCGUGAAGAGGUGGUCCUAGACGAUGAUGGAGAACCUAUUGGACCCAAUGAUCGAACCGUGACAGAUUUGAGUUGUUUCCUUGGCACUGUCGCAAGGAAUUCAGACUUGUGUCCCUUAGUUUUUACUAACUUCAAAGCUUUGAAGAAAGCAAACAAGGACCGUAUAUGGGAAUUUGUCACUGAUAAAUUCAUUAUCCCUGAAAAUGGACGUAGAGCGGUUUUCUCUCGCAUUAAUGAUGCUUGGAGGCGUUUCAAGAAAGAUCUCAAAAAGAGUUGUUUUUUAAAGUACACUACUAUGAGUGAAAGAUUGAAGCAUCGUCCCCAGACCGUACCUGAAGUUCAUUUCAAGCAAUUGAUAUCCUAUUGGAAGAACAAUAACAUCCAAAAAAUUAGCAAAAUCAAUGCUGUGAACAGAGCUAAGCAAAAUUAUAUGCAUCGGAUGGGCCCAACAAACUUUGCGAGGAUUCGUGCAAAACUGCGUGCUAAGAAAGAGGACGGAAAGGAAGUUAGCCAGGCAGAGAUGUUCAUUGAGACUCGACAAAGUCGAAAAGGAAAACAGCCGGAUGAGGAAACUUCAAGUGUAAUUUCUAAGCUUCAAGAAUCAGUUCAGAAUUCAACUGAAUCUGAGACAUUUAACUCCUUGUUUGGGAAAGAAAAAUCUGGACGAGUUCGUUGCUAUGGAAGAACAAUAACACCUACCAUGCUUAAAAGAAAAGAAGAAAUUCUGGUUAUUAAAAGGCAACAUAAUGAUGAAGUGGCUGGCAUGAAGAGGGAGAUGGAUGGUAUGAAGGCGCUAUUUAAGACAAUGAUGAAGCAACAAAACCCACAUAUGAGCGACGACGAGAUCUCUAAAGUACUCAUACGAAACAUGAAACAAAUUCAAACAGCUGAUACAUUGUAA